ACCACGGUACGGUUUAUUUGAACUGAAAAUAUACAUAUUUCCAAAUGAGUUGGCCAAGAAACUGUGUGUUUGUUUAUUUGUUUUCCCUUUGACUGACAUGCUCACUGGCUUUUUUUUUCUUCCCGGUGUGGCCCUGCAUGCAGCUAAAAUGUGGACUCUCCUGUUUCACAGCCUGUCUGGAAUUUGAAUAGAAGAGAGGAACCGCCGGAAGCUGAUUGGUCCAGGGGCAAAUAUUUCCGGCACCCUUGUCCUGUCACUCAGCCAUUCCCCGGCCGCUCAUUGGCUCCUGUGGCGAUAGGCGGAGCUCCCCUUCUGGACUAUAUACGUAUUGUGGUUUGCGAGAAGCUGCAAAUGAUCGCAGGCUGUGUGAAGGAGGCGGACCCGCAGUUCAAUGUUGCUCCACAGAGCUCACUGGAACCUUCCUCUCCCUACAGCCACAUCCAAGCGCAAACAGCGGCCAGGCGCACGUCUCUUACCGGACAGGAGCUGGUGGUGGACCGGGGGAACUGGUCCAUCAUCAACACCAGCAACACCAUGGAAUGCGCAGUGGACGCGCAGAGCUUGAUCUCCAUGUCGCUCAUGAAGAUCCACAACUCCAGGACGCAGAGAGGAGGCAUCAAGCUGCACAAGAACCUGCUGGUGUCUUAUGUGCUGCGGAACGCGCGGCAGGUCUACAUCAAGGAGAAAUACGCCGAGAUCUACAGGAUGCAGCAGUACGAGGAGGUGAUGACCGUCUGCAACGAGAUCCAGGAGCUCGACCCUCUGGAGCUGGACGCGGAGGAGGUGUGCGGAGAGGAGCAGGAGCAGGCGCGGGCUGCCGCUGCCGCCGCCGCCGCUGCUGCUGCUCCGUGCUGCGGAGAGGAGGCGAGUCCGUGUGGGGUUGACAGAGGCGCAGCGUCGGCGGCGCACGUCCGGGCUGCGAGCUCCCUGCUCGGCUGUUCUCCGUUCGAGGACGUCGACGGCGAACCGGAGCCGUUCGACUACCCCAGCUGCUGCAUGGAGGCGGCUCCCGGGUCACACUGCAACAAAACCACCGUGCUGGACUUGGACACGCAUGUGGUGACCACGGUGGAGAACGGAUACCUGCACCAGGACUGUUGCUGCGGUGCGCUCCAGUGCGGUCAGAGCGCGCAGCAGCUUCCACCUCCGCCGCCGCUGCCGCCGCUGCUGCUGCCGACGUCCACGGCCAGGAAGCGAAAGGUUGAGUUCGGCUGCUGCGUAAACGACGCGGAGGAAGAGGAGGAAGAAGCGUCCGAGUACACGGCGGCUCGGAAAAGAGUCAAACGAAGCGAAGACUGUUGCUCCUACUCGGGCGCGGACUACACGGACACUUCCAACAUCUCCAACCUGAUCUCCAUCUUCGGCUCGGGGUUUUCGGGGCUGCUAAACAGACAGACGGACCUUGAACAGAUCUGUAGCAAACAGGCGCUGGCCGGUCUGGGCGCAUGGACCCGGGCCAUCGUGGCGUUUUAAUCGGACACUUUAUGCGACGGAGACCGGGGCCGGUUGUUCCCGACAAGGUCCCAGAAAUGGAACAAAAACAGAGAGCAACUCCAGCUGCUGUUGGGAAGAGACAGGCCAGGGGUAGAGACACGGGACGGUGGUUCGAAUGCUAGUUUGAUUGUUUAUAUCACAGACAUAAUAUUUGAUUUUGACCUUAAACCUUAAUGGGCGGUGCCUUUGGAAAAAAAAACAAAAAACCCCGUCCAGGUACAGACUAAACAAACGAACUCACCAUCCAAAAAGUAUUACUUUCGUUACUAAAAAAAAGUGUUCAAAAGUUCAAAUGUGAAAAGAAAAAAACUUUUUAUCUGACAAAUCAUGGGUAAAAAAAAAAAGUUACAGGCUCCCCCGUGUGGCACUUCGAAAUAAAUCACUAGCACUGUAUGGUGGCAAACCAGACAGCAUGGCAAUCGCUAAAAAUGGUUAUUUUAUAGUUAUUU